AUGGAAUAUUUUUCAUUGAAAAAAUUUGCAAACAACCAACUAGACCAAAAUCCUUUAAAACCCAGUCAUUCUAAAAGACCUUAACCUCGAGAAUUCGACUUCUUGAAGAGAGUUAGCUAAGUGAAAAAUCAGGAAAAGAUUGAAGAGGACAACUCUCAAAGCAACUCAAACUAAAAGAAUACCAAUCAGAGAAUGGUUAUAGGUUCACCAGGAGUACUUCGUGAUAAGAUUUAUGUUAGCAAGUCGAAGCAUGUCUCUCCAGAAGAACUGAAUAUGAAGCCAAGGAUGAGUUAGAUUGAGAAGUAAAUUGAAUCUAAAAUAAACCUCGUCAAAAGCCAAAAUAAACUGCUCGAAAUUUUAACUGUAGAUAUCAAGGACAACCCUAAUUAAGAAUUAGCGCCUAUGGAUGAAGUUAGCAAGAAAAAGUACUUGAGUUUUUAGAGAAGAGCCAGGUCAAAGAGUCCUCCACACAACUUCGGCAAACCUAUGAUCACUUCUAAGACCCAAGAUAAAGCACUACCUGACCUUCUGCUAAACUCAUCACUGAAGGUUCAGGCUAAAAUAGCACUUAUACAUGAAUUCAUAAUGAACAGCUGCAAUGAAAGCACAUAAGAAUCAUACCGAAUGCUGUUUGAGAGCAAAAGCAGAGACUAUAAUGAGCUAGCGAUGAUAUUUGAUGGGGAUUUCGAGGACAAUGAAAUGGUUAAAGAGAUAGCCGGGAUAAAUAGAAUGAUAUCAGAGGACAUGAUCAACGAAAGGCUAGAGCAGAUGAUCACUUAAUAGGAUCACUAGCAAUAGCUACCCAAUUUGCAAACCUUAAUCUUAGAGAGCAGAGUCAGCACAAAUAGUGCUGAUUAAGAACUAGAAAAAUGGCUUGGAAGCACUAGAACAAACAAUUAUGCCAGCCAUACUAGGGAAGAUAAUCCAUUUGGAGUAGUAGAUGAAAAUGAGCUGGAGCUAUUGCGAGAUGCAAGCUACAGAUCUUCGAAUUCUGAUUGGCUUUAUCAAACUAAAAUCUGA